UUACAACCACCGUGUUAGCCAGGGGGGUCCUGUUUAACAAUGGCUGCAGCGCUGCCAGUGCGCGAGACUCCGCCUAAUAAACACAGCGACUGUCUUUCCUAUCUGCAGUCGUUGGGGGAUGCGUUGCCCAAGGAGGUGGCCGACCAGCUAGCUGCCCAAAUUAUUGAGGAGGCAAACAAGCCGGACACGGGCAGCAUCAAUCAGGCCGCUCUGAAUGUCACCUUUCGCGUCUACUAUCACAUCGUGCACAAAUACGAACUGCCGGAUGAACACUUUGCAGAUCUGCCCCAGCGGCUGUGCUGUGAGCAGCCGCAGGCUUUUCUAAUGCUGCAGGCUGUGCUGCUGACCGACCACUGGUCGCGACUGGAUGCACAGCUAAUUGAGGCCAAGUGCAUGGAUGCCCUCAUUGCUGCACUGCAGCAUAACAGCAGCAGCAGCCUGGUUCAUCAAUUGAAGGCUACCAAUCUGCUGGUGAAGAAGUUUCCCAAGCUGGAAUUGCUCACGCUGCAGCUGGAGCACUUCUACCACUGCCUGCAGCGCCAGAGCCAGGUGGGCUCGCGGGAGGAGACACUCACGCUCUUCAAUCACUGCUGCAAACAGCAACAACGCGCCUUCUGCUACUUCCGCCUCAUUGUUGGGUUCUGGCCAUGGACGAAUCGCAACAAGUACUAUCUGCUGAGCGGCAUACUCAACUCCCAUGGUCUGCCAGAGCUGCUGGCUGCGAGCGGUCAAAGCGAGGCAGAGUUUUUUGCUGGGCUGCGUUUGAGCCUGAGCUACAAGGGUCUGCGUGCGGCCAGUCAGUAUCCGGUGAAGAGCCUGAGCAGCCAGCGCUCACCCGCUCUGCUCGCGCUAGCUGUGGAGCUGCUGGUGAAUGGCAGCGUAGCUGAAAUCCAAAACUUCCACUCGCAGUGGUUCCUGCGCAUACAGCAACGCGAUGCGCUGUUCCAGCUGCUGCAGGCUAAGCCGGAGAUUGUCGAGUUCUUGGCCAGCUCGGAGGCGGCACGUUCGGCCAGUGAGCAGCAGCGUCUAAUACUCAUAUUCAGCAUGUUCGCCAAGGAGAUCUAUGUGGCAUCCAAGCUGCACUUCUUUAAGAUUAGCACAGAACUGUUGACCAACUGCAGCGCCUUUGAAACGGAUUCCCAGCUGUUGAUCUUUAAGUUUCUGGUCGACAAUCUGUCCAAUUUUGCUGUAGAGGAUUGCCUAGAGUUCUUCUACAGCUUCAUGCAGCGUCAUCGCGGCGUUGAAAGCUCCGAGUUUCGCAACACAAUGCUGGGCAAAAUGCCCAAUAUUAUCAACCACACGGCCAAGCACUUUAAUAAGGUUCUAAAAGUGGAUGGCGGCGCGGGCAGCGAUGCACUGGCUCACGAUAUUAAGCGAUUCUUCCGCCAGCUACAGGAGCUGCUCGAGCAAGACAUGCUCUGCGAUGUUUAUCAGCCCAAAAUAUUCGCGCUGAAAAUGCUCGAGAUUUUGCACAAGUCUCUAUACAGCGCUCAGGUCACCAAGAAUGCAAAAAUGUGCAGUAUCCAACAAAACCAGCAGCUGGGCUCCUUUCUCCUGGACCAUGGUGUCUUUCAGCCCAGCACCGUGUCACAGUUGUUGUUCAAGUCUCUCAACGAUCCCCAAGGCUUCGACGAUGCGCUGGAGCUGACGGUUUCACUGCUCCUCCAACUGGGCCAUGUUGACACCCAGCAAUGCAACGAGCGCUGCUUAACGCUCUGCACCAGCUCCGAUGUGGAUGAGUGUGCUCUGGUCUCGCUCUACGCGCAGCUGAUGGUGCGCAGCUGUCCCGAUCCACAGCUGACCAAAGCACUCUACGAUCAAUGCCUGCAGCAAUUGACGAGCAAAUUCGACGCAUUCCAGCACGAUCCACUGCAGACCACAAAGUGUGCUGGCGGUCAUCUAUUUGGCCACAUUCGCGUCCUGGACGAGCUGAUCAGCGGCGGUAGUCGUAGACCCGAAGCAGCUGUCGUUGAACUAUUGCCGCUGCUCGAACGUAUACUCAAUGUAAUUCUGAAGUUUCUUAAUCUGGCCAAUGCCCGGCGCGAGGGAGCGGACGCAACAGCCGCCAGUUUUCAGGAUAUGGACGAGAGCUUGCAGCUGUUGGUCAGUGAGAGCGUCUACGAGGCGCUUGAGGAUGCCGAAGCCUGUCGCAAGUAUUUGCUCAUGAGUUUCUGGCUGACAUUAAAGGCUAGUUGUGACCUGGCCACCAGCUUGGGAUCAGCGCUGCUCCGCUCAACCAAAAGCGCGCCUGACUACGCAGCUCUGCAGCGCUGCUUGGACAUUAAUAUGGCUGUGCUGACUCGCUGCCGGCACAAGGGCGCCAUAGAGGCCGCUGGGCUGAGCAUUGGCAAGCUAACGCGCGCUAUUACCAGCACCCUAGCUGGCGAGGAUCAGGGCUUUCAGUUGCUGCACGAUUGCCUGGAGCGGCAGCUGCUUUCCGAGUGCCGCCAGGUGAGCACCACGCGGCGCGGUGCGGGUUUCGCUAUCAUGUUUCUGCAUGUGCUCAAAAAUGACGAUCCGCGCCAGCGUUUGCUGCUGCAUCGCGCCGUGCAGCGCAUACUGCAGCGCCUAAAUGGAGCCACCAACAGCGACGCAUCCAACAGCAGCAGCAACCACGAUCGCUGGGAGGCCUUGGCGCUGCAUUACCUGUGCGUGCUGGUGCGCGACACGGAGCUGCGACCGGCCAUGUGCAAGUACUACGACGAGAUCAUGCUGGUGGCCAUAGCGCACAUCGACAACACCGAGUGGACCAUUUCGAAUGCCGCGCUGCAGUUGUUCGGUGCCACGCUCGGCAAGCUGGUCGGCCAGCGGCAGGCGACGGAGUUUGAAACCAAGCUCGCCUGGGAGCCGAGUGAAAUGAACUACGAGGAACUGGCAUGUCUGCUGCCGAAGGCCUGUGAGCACAUGCUACGCUGCUGCAAUACCGACAAGGUCACCUCUUCGAUUAUACUGUUUCUGGGCUUCCUCUCCAAGGUGGAGCAUCUGUGCACCACCGGCCAGCCGCAGCAGUCGACUCGGCUGCUGCAACGCUUCCGUCGUCUCAGCUGGCGUUUGCUGCGGCACAAAUGCGAGCAGGUGCGUCUGCUGGCUGCCACCUGCUUUGUGCGCGCCCACGAUUUCCGGCGCGAUCUGCCGGCGGUGCUGCUGGCCAGCGCCAAAAUGGCUGCGCAGCUGCAAGAGGACAACUUCUACGAAGGUCUGCUGUACACCCUGCAAGCGGGCGUGCUCAAGCUGCAGCACGAGGCGCGACACGUGUGGACAGUGGCCAGGCUGCAGCAAUAUCAGCAGCAGCUGCUGACAGCUCUGGGUGCUAGCGAGCAAAUGGCUCGCUUCAAGACUUACACGCUGAAUGUACUGCUGCAGUUGCUGCAGCUCUUGGGCGCCGCAGAGCAGGCAGACGUAGUGCGUCAGCUGCUGGACGGGCGCGGCAGACACGCACUAAGCUAAAUUUAUGUAUUUGGGUUGUGC